CACCUGCUUCCCCCUCUCCCUGGGGUGACCCUCCCCUCUGUCCCGGAUGCCUGGGUUCUCUCUGCAUCCCCCCGCCCCUUCCUCUGCAAGGUCCCCUCCCUACACCCUGCGGGGAAUCCCCCCUGUCCUCCCCAGAGCUAUUUCCCAGAAGGGGGGUGACGCAAGAGCAGGGCUGCCCCCCCUCCAGGCUUCCCUCCCCAGCCCCAACCCAGCCCGACAGACGAGACAGCUGCGGGGCAAGAGGACGGACGAACGGACAGACAUGGGCCCGAGGGCACUGAUCCUGAUCUUGGCCUGCCUCCUGCUCCUGGUCCCGGCUGGCUCCGGGGCGGCAGUUGCAGCGGAGGGCAGCUGUGACCCGGAGGCGGCCCCGAUCCUGGGGGGCCAGGCGGAGGUGGCAGAUAGGGGCCGGUGGCUGCGCUACAUAUGCCCAGAGGGGAAGUACCCGCACCCCGUAGCCCUGCGCACCUGCCGCAGCAACGGCAUGUGGAGCCCUCUACGGGACACCCAGAACCGGGUUGUGGCCAAGGCUGAGUGCCGAGGUGGGUCUGGGUGGGACCUGGAGGCAGGGCUGGGGUGAUUUGGUGGGGUGGAGUCUG